CACGAUACUACCCAAUCAAGACCGUUGUGGCGUCGCGCUCAAUCCCGUGACCGUUCAUGCAAGUGUCCUUUAAGUAGGGCAGCGACCACCAUCGCCUCAUGGACCGCCAACCACCCACAGAGGCCCAGGGCGCUGCGCGAUCUUCGUCCGAUGCCACCACAAGUGUCUUUGGGAGCCGCUUCGAUCACAUCUAUGCCCUGCAGGUCCAAGGCUUCAUUGAGGCCGCUGAAGUGGUAGACACGGACCCAGACAUCAUAGAAGAUCUCCUGGAAGACUUCGCCCGUGCCGCUAAGCUCGAGAGCGACGUCGACAUUGACGAGGAGGACGUCGAUGUGGAAGAUACCAGCAGAAAUGGGUUAACCACAGAAACCCAAGAAGAACCAACGGAAUGGGACAUCCUACUUACAGAAGCUCAACACGCAUGGACCAACGAAGAUGUCAAACAGAUGAUGAGAACACUCAAAGAGCAUGGAAUGGCGGCUUACAUCAAGGCAUAUGUCAUUGAACGCAAUGUACCCAUUCCUAAGCUGUUAUAUGCAUUCGGCAUUUGCCUCUCCCGAGAAAAGCUGACCCAGUACAACACAGUCGAUGAUGCCGUUCGUCUCAUACAACGGCGCCAGCGUAUUUUGAUACUCACAGGAGCCGGAAUCAGCGUGUCAUGUGGAAUUCCGGACUUCCGUUCCCGUAAUGGCUUGUAUGCUUCGUUACAGGAAAGUGGAGAAUAUGAUCUCGACGAUCCGCAACAAAUGUUCGAUAUAACAUACUUCCGUGAAAAGCCCACAGGUGAGCUGAGUGAAAUUGGAUAUCCCCUCAGUAAAAUAUAUCCGUCUAAUUUCAGGCCUUCCCCUUGCCAUUGGUUCAUUAAGGCGAUAGAGGAUCGAGGAAAGAACUAUACCCAGAACAUAGACACUCUUGAAACGCUAGCCGGAGUCCAGCGCGUCCUGCAGUGUCACGGCUCGUUUGCUACAGCAUCUUGUCUGAAUUGCAAGAUCCUCCUGCAAGCUAGACCCCCAGCGAAGCGCAAGGCAAGGAAGAAGCGGAAGAGCUCUGGCUGGGAUAGUGAUCAGUCGGACGAGCCCGAUCGUCCCGAGUUUCCUCCAGGGAUCAUGAAGCCAGACAUCACCUUCUUCGGAGAGAAACUGAGCGACGAGUUCGAUAGGGCGCUGUUGGAGGAUCGGCAACAGAUCGAUCUGCUCAUCAUCAUCGGGACGUCUUUGAAAGUCUCCCCGGUUUCCGAUAUUAUCGCACACCUACCCCACUCAGUGCCGCAGAUCGUUCUACUCGGGAACGCCGACGACGUCGUCUUGCACCUCUGUCGGAGACUCAGCUGGGAUUUGCCUGGCCCGGGCGGACGCAACCUCACAGCACCCUCCGCCCACUCUCUGAAGAAGCGCCCUCUGCGACCUGGACCCAGAGCCACGGCGGGUUGGCAACAGGUGAGCCGCGUGCGAAUCUUCCGUGCACGGAUGCUAACUAGCAUGAUCAAAAUUAGCCACGUUUGGCUGUUCGAAGGUGCUGAAGGGGGCAAGUGGGUAGAAGAACUCGCCCGGCGAUCCGUGGACAGCCCAGAAGACGAAUCCAGUGAGGAGGCUGACAAGACACCGCCCCGUGCCCAGGACGCUCGACAGAAAGUCAAACGGGCCAGGACAAAAUGAUUCGCAGUCGCCGUUAUCUACGCAGUCGCAGGCGGAAGGCGUUCUUCGACGCGCGCGAUUGCGGGUCGAGGUAGUCCUCGUAGAAGCCAACGAUGAACUCUUCUGCCUUGAAUCCAAACCUGUUGUAGAGGAGCUGUGUGUAUCGGUUAGUUGGGGGACGCGAGGCCACUGGGAGUGCAUGUAAUAUUCACCAUGGCUGGGUUGUUGAUGGAGACGUGUAAUGUGAUAUCUCUGUUUGGAUUUAAUGUAAUGAGGUGAUAGAGCAUCGUCCUAGCAGUCGUCGUCGCUUUCGUAUUUAAUGCACUCGUUCGUAGAACGCAUU